AGGAUGCUUACUGUGGAAGAUGUGAACUGCAUCUGCAUAAACUGGAAAAGAGGCGCAAGAUGUCAGUACACCCAGGCAUCAAACAACGUCCGUGUUGUGGGUGCUGAAAUAGCUUAUUUUGUAAAUGUUCUUAUGGAAAAAUACAAAUACCCCCCAGCCAAAGUUCACAUAAUUGGCCACAGCCUUGGAGCACACGUAGCAGGUGAGGCUGGCAAGAGGCAGCCAGGGGUCGGGAGAAUUUCAGGACUGGACCCUGCUCAACCUUAUUUUCAAGACACCCCCAUUGAAGUCAGACUGGAUAAAUCCGAUGCAGAGUUUGUUGAUAUUAUCCACACAGAUUCAGCUCCCACAAUCCCCUACUUAGGUUUUGGCAUGAGCACAGCUAUAGGACAUCUUGACUUUUAUCCAAACGGAGGAAAACAAAUGCCAGGGUGUGGGAAGAACCCUAUUUCACAGAUCGUAGAUCUUGAUGGCAUCUGGGAAGGCACUCGCGACUUCGUGGCUUGCAAUCAUUUGCGGAGUUACAAGUAUUACUCUGACAGUAUUAUCUACCCUGAUGGAUUUCUGGGCUAUGCUUGUCCUUCAUAUGAUGUUUUUGAAACAGAAAUGUGUUUCCCAUGCCCACGAGAGGGAUGCCCAAAUAUGGGUCACUUUGCAGAUAAAUUCAAAGGGAAAACUAAAAAUGAUUUCCUGAAACUUUACCUGAAUACUGGGGAAGCCAAGGAUUUUCCUCUUUGGAGGUACAAAGUAACCAUGACUCUCUCUGGAAACCAUAAAGUUAAAGGAUAUGCAAAUAUUGCCCUAUACGGAAGUGGUGGGAACACAAGGCAGCACCAGAUUUUUGAGGGAACCCUCCAACCAGACAACGCUUACACAGGCUUCGUUGAUGCAGAAGUUAACGUUGGAAGAGUUACAACGGUUAAAUUUCUUUGGAACAACAACAGGUUAAAUCCAACUUUUCCUAAACUAGGAGCUGCGACUGUCACAGUACAAUCUGGGCAAAAUGGAACAGAAUACCGCUUCUGUGGUUCCGAGACAGUGAGGGAGGAUGUUCUCCAAACUCUUACUGCUUGCUAA